AUGAAACAGCAGGCGCCAUCUGCGGUUUAUACCACGCUGGCGUUGUUUCGCAAUCUUGAGACGAGGGUUCACUCUGACAAGGGAAAUGAUCCUCAACAGCUGAAUACCAUCGUUAAGGUGUCAAACUUCUCCGAUGGCGGUCUCUGGAUUGCAGACCCGCAAGGCAAAGUGCCAUGCCCUUUGUCCGACGAGCAAGCACAUGGACGUGUCCUGCCGUUUGAUGGACAAGUCUUGUCCUUUGAUGCACAGCAGCCUCAUUGUGUCAUGCCGCGCCCUGACUCGACGGCCGGUCCCGAGUCCCCCCUUAACUUCGGUGUCACAACGGCGUUGCAGGAACCAGGGCCGACAAACCCGGUUCCAGUCGGCCCGAUGCGGCCUCAGGCAUCCGACCGUAACGCGCCACUUGAGUCAUCUGGGGUGUUGCGCAACAGUGGCAAGUCAAUCCAGCCUUCGUUCCUUGAGAUUUUCUGUGGUUCCGCCGGUUUGUCUGCGGCCGUGCGAAAGUUGGGAUUUCAGGUUCUCGGAGUCGAUCACAAGCCCACUGCUAAGCAUGCAAAUGCACCCUUCAUCAGCCUUGACCUGCGUGACCAUGAGCAGCAGGAACGCUUGUGGGUGGAGUUACGGCGCGUGGAUGCCGUCUGGCUGGCGCCCCCAUGCGGGACUUCCUCUAGCGCUCGGUCGAUACCUCUCGGCAACUCCAAACACGGUCCCAAGCCCUUGCGGUCAAAGGAGUUUCCCGAUGGGCUCCCAACACUGGCUGAUGUGGAUCGUGACCGUGUCGACAGUGCAAAUCUGUUGUAUGACUUUACUGCAAAGGUCUUCCGUGUCCUGGACCCAGACACCGGCACCGUCUCUUACUUUGAGAGUGCCGCGCUUCCGUUCGGAGCGUCGAGCGCAGUGACAGGCUUUAACCGGGCCGCCCGAGCCCUGCGCAUUAUCAUGUCGAGACUUUUGUUCCUUGUGAAUACGUCAUUUUUUGACGAUUUUUGCCAACUUGAGAUCGAUGGUCUGACCGACUCGGCUGAUCAGGCUGCGCUUGCACUGCUGGACCUUCUUGGCUGGGAGGUGUCUGAUGGCGACAAGCUUAAACCUUUUGCUUCGGAGUUCACUAUGCUUGGGGCCGUGCUAUCCUUCAAAGAUGCUGGCAGGGGCUUGAUUAGGAUUAGGAAUAAGGCUGGGCGCGUGGAAGAGAUUGGCGACAUGGUGGAACGCCUUGCCUCUGACCCCGUCGAGGGGGCGCGCUCUCUUCCUUCCCUUAAGGGCAAGCUCUUGUUUGCAGCCUCGCAUGUGUUCGGCCGACGCGCACAGGCGGCUGUACGUCGCGCUUUGGAUACCUUGAAGGCUGCUGGGGACCGUCAGGUGAACCUGUGGUCUGAGCAGCCGCCUGUCAUUGUAUUUACGGACGGGGCGUGUGAGGAACGCGGCUCUCAGGUGACGCAUGGGGCCGUUAUCGUGGACGUCGCAUCGCAGACUCAUGAGGUGUUUGGGGGCCACAUCCCUGGCCUCUUGUUGAGGCUUGGCGCAGCUCCGGUCGUGUUCAACUGA